AUUCGCAGAAAAAUUUCUGGAAUCGAAUUAAUUUUGCGACGAUUCCAAUCAAAGGCAGAAUCGAUUGCAUCUGGAGUUGCGUUAAUGGCGAUGGGGUUUCUUCAUCUUCAUCGUUUGGAGAAAGGUAACUCUGGAACCGCUCUCUCCUUUAGCCGCCUGUUGAGUCUCAGUUUCUGGGUACGAGCUUUUUGUGAUUACCGAGCGAUUUUGAAGAACGGUCUUGACUCUCUUCAGUUUAACGAGGCUUUGGAUCUAUUCACUCACAUGGUUGAGUCUCGUCCCCUACCUUCCAUUAUCGAUUUAACUAGGUUAUUGACUGCGAUUUCCAAAAUGAAGAGAUUUGAUGUUGUGAUCAAUCUCUGCGAGCAUCUACGAACGAUGGGGAUUUCACAUGAUCUCUAUACUUGCAAUCUUUUGAUGAACUGUUUCUGCCAAUCUUCUCAACCUUCUCUUGCUUCGUCUUUUCUCGGGAAGAUGAUGAAGCUUGGUUUCGAGCCUGACAUCGUCACGUUCACCUCUCUGAUCAAUGGGCUCUGCCUCGGGAAUAGGAUCGAAGAUGCGAUGUCCAUGGUUAAUCAGAUGGUGGCCAUGGGAAUCAAACCAGAUGUUUUAGUGUACACUACAAUCAUUGAGGUUCUUUGUAAGAACCGGCAUGUGGAUGAUGCGUUGAAUCUUUUCAACAAAAUGGAGAGCAAUGGAGUUAGACCAGAUGUUUUCACCUACACGUCUCUCGUAAACGGUCUUUGUAACUCUGGUAGAUGGAGCGAUGGUGCUAUUCUGCUUAGAGAUAUGAUGAAAAGGGAUAUAAAACCUGAUGUAAUCACUUUCAAUGCAUUGAUCGAUGCGUUUUUGAAAGAAGGAAAGCUUUUGGAGGCUAGAGAACUGUACAGUGAGAUGAUUCAAAUGUCUGUAGCUCCUGAUACUUUCACUUACACUUCAUUGAUCAAUGGGCUUUGCAUGGAAGGUCGUGUUGAUGAGGCCAAAGAAAUGUUUUCUUCGAUGGAAGCCAAGGGUUGCAUUCCAGAUGUAGUGGCUUAUACUUGUCUCAUAAAUGGGUUUUGCAAAUCGUGCAAGGUGGAGGAUGGGAUGAAAAUCUUCUACGAGAUGUCUCAAAAAGGUUUACUCGGUAACACAAUCACUUACACCACUCUUAUUCAAGGUUUUUUUCAAGUGGGCAAAGAUAGAGUCGCACAAGAAGUUUUUAAUCUGAUGGUUUACCGUGGCGUUCCUCCCAAUAUUAGGACCUACAACGUUUUGUUACAUGGUCUGUGUUAUAACGGGAAGCUUGAAAAAGCGUUGAUGAUAUUUGAGGAUAUGCAAAAUAGAGAAAUGGAUAUUAGUAUUAUUACGUAUACUAUCAUCAUUAAAGGGAUGUGCAAAGCUGGUAAAUUGAAAGAUGCUGUUGAUUUGUUUUGUAGCCUCUCCUCCAGAGGAGUGAAACCUAAUGUUGUAACAUACACUACAAUGAUAUCAGGGUUGUUUAGGGAAGGGUUAAAGUUUGAAGCUCAUGUGUUGUUUAGGAAAAUGAAAGAGGAUGGGGUUUUACCAAACGAAGGCAUGUGUUCUUAGGUGACACCAUAGCUGAACUGAUCAUAGUAUUGAGGAGUUGAGGGUUCUCUGAGGAUGCUUCUACUCACAGAAAACGAAGUUGAUGGUGCAGUUGCAGUUUGUGAUGGGACAUACAACAUGUUGCCUAUAUGUGUGUAAGAUGAUUCAGGUUUUCAAGGAGAAGACUCAGAUAGGCUCCCGUAGGGAUGAAGAGCAAGGAUUUGAUGAAGCUGUGAGAUUGUUUAUACAUACUCUGCAUUGAUAUAGAAAAAGGAAUUUGUAAGAAGAAUGUGCACAAAGAAACGAGGCUUCUUAAUGAGAUGCUAGCCGGAAAAUUUGGUUUCAGAACUGCUAACUUUACAAUUGUUGAACAGUGUAGGCUGAUUUAGAUAGUGCAUAUAGAUUGAUUUCUUUCAUCAAAGUAAGCGGAAGGAAUCCCAAUUUUGUAACCUGUGGAUGCUAAAUUUUUGUAUUCUUUUGUUCUCUUACUAAUUGACAG